AUGACCAACUGCUGCUCCCCUUGCUGCCAGCCCACCUGCUGCAGGACCACCUGCUGCAGAACCACCUGCUGGAGACCCACCUGCGUGACCAGCUGCUGCCAGCCCUGCUGCCAGCCCAGCUGCAGCAGCUCCAGCUGCUGCCAGCCCUGUAGCUGUUGCAUGACCAACUGCUGCUCCCCUUGCUGCCAGCCCACCUGCUGCAGGACCACCUGCUGCAGAACCACCUGCUGGAGACCCACCUGUGUAACCAGCUGCUGCCAGCCCUGCUGCCAGCCCAGCUGCGGCAGCUCCAGCUGCUGCCAGCCCUGCUGCCAAACUACCUGCUGCACAACCCGCUUCAGACCCACCUGUGUGACCAGCUGCUGCAGCAGACCCAGCUGCCAGCCCUGCUGCUGUGUGUCUAGCUGCUGCCAGCCCUGCUGCCAGCCCAGCUGCUGCCAGCCUUGCUGCCAGCCUUGCUGCCAGCCUCGCUGCUGUGAGUCUAGCUGCUGCCAGCCUUGCGGCCAGUCCAGCUGCUGCCAGCCAGUUUGCUCGGGACCUGUGUACUGUACAAGAACCUGCUACUACCCCACAUGUGUCUGUGUGCCUGGCUGUCUGUCCCAGGGCUGCGGAUCCAGCUGUUUCUAA